AUGUCGUCGUACGGUGCAAUUGGUGUAGACGAUAAUGACACUGAUCCGCUUCUUGAUGACGAACCGCCACGCCGUCUACCACCAGCUGGAGGUGUCCCAAUUGGUCGAAGACGGGCCAUUUCCGCAUCACAGAUUGGUUCAGCUCCAUCACAAUCAGUUUCUCGACAACCCUAUUUGUUCACUGGGGGACUUGGAUUACGAGAUGAAAGUUUGCUUUCGUUACAUUCAGAAGAUGAUCUGCAUCGUGAACAUAAUAAUGCACUUCGAUAUCGUCUGUACAAUCGGCUAGAUCCUGGAGGAGAACAUUUGACAAUGCCAGAUCAUGUUCUUCCUCCAAAUCUUUUCUCUAUUUUGCCAUUUGAAGAACUUAAAGAUGUAUCGGGAAAACAAGGAAGUAUUGUCACAAUAUUUUCAAUAUGGAAUACAAUGAUGGGUACAUCAUUACUUGCCAUGCCAUGGGCUCUUCAACAAGCUGGUUUAGUGCUUGGAAUUGUUAUCAUGUUGACAAUGGCCGCCAUUUGUUUCUACACUGCAUAUAUUGUUAUUGAAAGUCCGAAAAGAUUACAAGACCUAUCCGUUGAUCCUCUUCUCGCAGAAUUCUCCGAUGUCUGCAAAUCAUUAUUCGGUCGUGUUGGAGAGUACUGUGCAGUUGUGUUCAGUGUAUGUGUUUUAAUUGGAGGAAUCAUCGUUUAUUGGGUUCUCAUGUCGAAUUUCUUGUAUUAUACCGGAGCAGUCGUAUACGAGUCCAUGCAACCGAACAGUACCACAAUUCCAGUUAUGGAAAAUAAGACAUUCACGUGUGAUGUUUACUGUCCUGAACAAACCUCCCAAUGGACAAUUCCACAAUGGGAAAAGCAAAUUUUUGAUGCUGUUGGUGAAUUCGAAGGAGGAGAGACUGGAGAUGACUCGUGGAGUUUCGACAAAUUCUGGACACUUCGUGGUACUGUUCCAAUUUAUUUGGCAGUUGCUCUUUUCCCAUUGAUGAAUUUCAAAUCUCCAACUUUCUUCACUAAAUUCAAUGUUCUUGGCACAAUUUCUGUUAUGUAUCUAUUGAUGUUCGUUUUCUCGAAGUUACUUGAAUGCGGAGUUAACAUGGAUUUCUCAAAUCCGAAGUCAAUGCAUUAUGUACAAUUAGCCAACAUGCAUUUCCCCGCACUCAGUGGUACUCUCACGUUAUCUUAUUUCAUUCACAAUGCAGUUCUCACUAUUCUUCGUAAUCAAAAACAUCCUGAGAAUAAUGCAAGAGAUUUGUCAAUUGGAUACUGUUUAGUUGCUUUCUGUUACGUGUUCAUUGGAUUCACUUUUUUCGCUGCUUUCCCAGUUCAACGAAGUUGUAUCAGUGAUAACUUCCUAAAUAACUUCGGAGCUGGUGAUGUACUUUCGUCGACUGCUCGUCUGUUCUUGUUGUUCCAAAUGAUCACAGUUCUUCCUUUGUUGAUGUUCCUCGUCCGUUCUCAAUUAUUCUAUGCUAUUUUUGGACAAACUUGGCCUGGAGCAAUCAAAGUUAUCCUCCUCAACUUGAUUCUUAUUAGUAUUGCUGUUGGGUUUGCUACAUUCUAUCCAAAUGUUGGAAGUAUUUUGAGAUACGUUGGAUCAAUCUCUGGACUUGUCUACGUUUUCGCUUUACCUGCAAUGGUUUAUCUGAAACAAAGUAAAGCUGCUGGAACUCUUACACCUCUGAAGAAAUACGUGCAUUAUGGAAUUGUUGCCAUUGGAGUUUUGAACCUUAUUGCUCAAUUUGUCAUUUAG